AUGAACUCUCGAACAUUAAAACGUAUUUCUAGUGUUCGUUUAAAAGCCCGGAGUGAAUUAAAGCCUGAAGAGUGGGAACAACAUCAUUAUUAUUACGACCAAAAUGUGGUAUCUUGUUUCAAAAAUCAAAUCGAACGAAUCGACGCACGAAAUAUUACACGCGAAGAGUUCAUUGAAAAGUAUGAACGACCAGCAAAACCAGUCAUUAUUCAGCAUUUAAUCGACGAUUGGCCAGCAUUCGAAAAAUGGACAGUUGAAAAACUAGGAAGAAAAUAUCGAAAUCAACGUUUCAAAGUUGGUGAAGAUGAUGAUGGCAAAUCAGUGAAAUUAAAGAUGAAAUAUUUUCUUGAUUACGCAUCGAAUAAUCAUGAUGAUUCGCCAUUGUAUUUAUUUGAGUCAAGUUUCGGUGAACAUCCGAAAAAGAAGCGUUUAAUCGAUGAUUAUGAUGUUCCCGAAUAUUUUACUGAAGAUUUAUUCCAGCUCGUCGGUGAACAUCGACGACCGCCUUAUCGUUGGUGGUGCAUUGGACCACAACGUUCUGGUACUGGCAUACAUAUUGAUCCAUUGGGCACGAGUGCGUGGAAUGCACUCAUUUCGGGACACAAACGUUGGUGCAUAUUUCCUCCAUCAACACCACGUGAAUUACUCAAGCCGACGUCGAGUGAUUCACCGAAAAAUAAAGAUGAAGGUAUUACAUGGUUUAAAGUCAUCUAUCCACGUACGCAACUUAGUUCAUGGCCAAAGCAGUACCCUUGUCUCGAAGCGGUUCAAUAUCCUGGCGAAGUCAUAUUUGUACCCGGUAUGUCACAGCAGUAG